UUUGCCCCUCCCCCUCUUUCUGCCCAUGCUUCUGUCAACCUUUGCUGAGCUCACAAUCACACUUCAUUUCACCGACAGGCCCUCAGCACGCACGACUUACAAGUUUGUAAGAUACGCUGCCUACUAGCAGAUCUCACACUACUGUGAAAGAUUUCCCAUCGUCUGCUCAGCUACAAUAUCGCUCCAACGAGGGUCCAUGUAUCCUCUUGUGUAGUAGGAAACUACUUGUCUCUCUAUCUCCCAGACUCUCAUCGUGAAAACCACCAAACAUAUCCGCAAAGAUGAUGGGCUACGAUGACGACGACGGCAUGGGAAGCCGCCUCUUCGAACACCGCGCAAGCGAGACCCACAGAAUGGUCUCGAAAUCAGACCUCGUCGUCUACAACCCCCAAACCCAGCUCCUCGGCAUGCGAAUGUACUCUUACGCCACCAAAGGCGCCGUACCCGAACGCGGCAGCAUGGUCGUCUACAUUGACGGCGCCUGCCGCAAUAACGGCACCCCCUCGGCGCAAGCAUCGUGGGGUGUGUACUUUGGUCCCGGGUCGCGGUAUAACGCCUGCGGGUUGCUUUCUCCAGACCUCCCGCAGACGAAUUCAAGGGCCGAGAUUGAGGCGCUUGUGCAGGCUUUGAGGAUCAUUUGUGAAAUUACGGCAAGGGAUUACUCAUUGAGCCGGAUCAAGAUUGUGACGGACUCGGAGUAUCUUGCGAAUGCCAUGUCGCUCUGGAUUGGGGAGUGGAUCGAAAAUGAGGGGCUGAAUGCGAGGGGGAAGAGGGUUGCGCAUUUUGAGAUGUUGAGGGAGUUGCAUGAGCAGUUGGAUGAGAUGACGUAUGGGGAUGAUGGGGAGAGGGAUAUCAUGUUUUGGGCUGUGCCGAGGGAGGAGAAUACGGAGGCGGAUGCUUUGGCUAAUCAGGCGUUUCCAAAUGGUCGUAGGACGUUUUGAUGAUGAUGGAGCUUGUAAUUUUACAGAGCUUUUUGAGCACGGUGGAUUGU